AUGCAUCAUAACUUCAAUAACGUCGGUCUUUCCAACGACGACCGGGGUUGGAUCAUGACCGGUUUGAGUGGAAUUGCUUGCAUAUUCGGAGCCUCGUUCAUAUGCAUCGACAUUGUCGUUCGACAGUUUCCCGGUAAGGCGGGGUGGAAGAUUCAAGACAGCGAUGUGUUUCUCUCCGUCUCUCUAAGUUUGAGUUUCGGGGUGAUGUUGUUCUCCGCGCUGUACAGUAUGCUGCCGUCUGCAAAGAGCUCGUUAAUAAAAGGCGGCUACGAUGCAAAGACAGCCGCUUGGAUAUUGAUCGCCUGCUUUAUUGCUGGCGUUGCCGGCAUUCAGAUCAUCUCUCGUAUCAUGCAUCGCUUCAUACCGCACAACGUGGUUGACUGCGAACAUAAGCAUGAUGACGAGGAAGCUCACAAGGAGCGCGAACAUAACCAUCCCCCGAACGGUCACGACCAUCAUCACCACACCAAAUCACAACAUCCUCGAAGAACAAGUACACAACGACAGAAUUCCCAUCGAACCUAUGCACGCCCCCAGACACACCAAAGGACUUCCUCGCAUCGCUCAUCGUGCUUAACGACAUUGCAAAGUCGAAUAAAGGAGGGCGUCUCAAAGCUGACUACCGGCAAAGAUCCAUCGUGCACAUGUGAUGGCCCUUGUUAUGGCUACAGCGACCUUUGUCAAUCGGACUGCUUCAAAAGCCCAUUAGCAAGACCGCACACGCGAGCAGCUGCAGAAGGAGCGGCUGACGCCAACAUCGAAGAACCCUCAGAUGACAGCUCUGCCACGGCCGUCGGCAGCAACAACCGUUCCCAUAAGACGCAUUCGCACCAUUCCGAAGACUCGCACGAAUUGGACGAGGAAGAUCUCGACCAUCCCCACCAUCACCACGUUCCGACGAAUGCAUUUCUCAACAUCGGCCUUCAAACAUCUAUCGCGAUCGCAUUGCACAAGCUACCCGAAGGCUUCAUCACAUACGCCACAAAUCACGCGAAUCCUAAGCUCGGCGUGUCGGUCUUCCUAGCACUCUUCAUCCACAACAUCACCGAAGGAUUCGCCAUGGCGCUACCUUUAUACCUCGCCAUCAACAACAGAUUGAAGGCGAUGCUCAUAUCCUUCGCCCUCGGGGGCUUAUCACAACCGCUCGGCGCCGGUGUCGCGGCGCUGUGGUUCAAGGCCGCAGGCAAGCGUGGAUGGGAGCCGAGCGAGGCAGUCUACGGAGGCAUGUUUGCCGUCACAGCAGGCAUUCUUGCCAGUGUUGCAUUACAGCUGUUCGCAGAAAGCUUGGAUCUGACGCAUUCGAAGCAUUUAUGCAUGAUUGGUGCGUUUGCGGGCAUGUCGAUACUUGGAAUAUCUUCCGCCCUUACCGCAUAG